GCCCUGCCCUUUCUGUUCAGUUCAUUUUUUCGUUUAAUUACUCCGUUCAGUUUGGUUUAAUUUAGACAAUGACUCACUGUUUUUCCUCAACUCAGUUCAGUUCCCUCCCUUACACUCUCAAACUCAAAUUUUUCCUUUGCCUUUUUUCUUUAUCCUUUUCCCUUUAUCUCCCUUAAUUCUUACACUAACUCCAACUCUCAUACACCACAUUACAGACAACGACAUUUUUGUACAUGCUUCACUUCACUUCAUCUCUACUUAUCAUCACUUCAAAAAUUAUUAUAAGCCCAACCUAACAAAAAUUAAUCACUAUGGUAGCAGGUAAAGUAAGAAUAGCAAUGGGCUUACAAAAAUCGCCGGCAAAUACCAAAACCAUAACGACUCCGCCGAAACCGCCGGUUCCGUCACCGAAUAGCGGCAAGGUGUCCUCUCAAAAAGCGGUGUUUUCACGGUCAUUUGGCGUUUACUUCCCACGCUCCUCCGCUCAAGUGCAGCCACGUCCUCCUGAUGUUACGGAGCUCUUAAAGCUCGUUGAAGUGCUUCGUGACAGAGAGUCUAGGUUAAAAACUGAGCUGCUUGAGUUUAAGUUGUUGAAAGAAAGCGCCGCCAUUGUUCCGGUACUGGAGAACGAGAUAUUGGCGAAAAAUGCGGAGGUGGAAGCGGCGGCGAGACGAGUGGAGAGUUUAGAGAGUGAGAAUGAGAGGCUGAGAGUGAAAUUUGACGAAGAGAAACGAGAAAAUGAGAGGAAAAUUAAGGCAUUGGAGGAUGAGAUUUUGGAGAUGAAGAAAACGGCGUCGGAUAGAGAACAUGAAGAGUUUUUAGUUUCGUCUUCGCAGAGGUUUCAAGGUUUAAUGGAGGUUACUACAAAGUCUAGUUUAAUUAAAAAUUUGAAAAAAACGGUGAAAUGUGGUAAUAAUUCAGACAUUAAUGUAAAUUCUUCUGUAAGUUUAAAUAAAGAGGCGGAGAUUGUUGUAGAGAAACCGAGUCAUUCACGGUCUAACUCGGAGGAACUCACUGAGUCAACUCUGUUAAGAUCCCGAGUCCCUAGGGUUCCUAAACCACCUCCUAAACGGUCAUCAUCGUUAAACUCCGUUUCCUCUUCAACUUCAGUUAGUUGUACUUCUGAUCAAUCCGUUUCAGCUCCUCCUCCACCUCCACCUCCUCCACGGCCAGCGGCAGUGGUAAAGAAGACUGCUCCUGUGCCUCCGCCGCCGCCUCCUCCGCUGAAGGGAACAAGAUUAGUAGCAACGAAGGUGAGGAGAGUGCCGGAGGUCGUAGAGUUUUACCACUCGUUAAUGCGGAGAGACUCACGGAGGGACUCCGGUGCCGGAGGCUCGGAUGCUUUACCGGCAAACAACAAUGCUCGUGAUAUGAUAGGAGAAAUUGAGAACAGAUCGGCGCAUUUGUUAGCGAUAAAAACAGAUGUGGAAACUCAAGGUGAUUUUAUAAGAUAUUUGAUCAAAGAAAUAGAGGAUGGUGUCUUUACGGAUAUCGAAGAUGUGGUACCGUUUGUUAAAUGGCUCGACGAUGAGUUAUCUUAUCUGGUGGAUGAAAGAGCCGUGCUUAAGCACUUCGAUUGGCCGGAGCAGAAGGCGGAUGCUUUACGAGAAGCUGCAUUUAGCUAUUGUGAUCUCAAGAAGUUAGAAUCGGAAGCCUCAUCAUUUCGAGACAAUGUCCGACAGCCAUGUAGUGCUGCUCUCAAGAAAAUGCAGACUCUGCUUGAAAAAUUAGAGCAUGGUGUUUAUAAUCUAUCAAGAAUGCGAGAAUCCGCUAUAAACAAAUACAGGGGAUUUCAAAUUCCGAUAGAUUGGAUGCUUGACACAGGAAUUGUAAGCCAGAUAAAGUUGUGUUCUGGAAAACUAGCAAUGAAGUAUAUGAAAAGAGUAUCUGCCGAGCUCGAAAGUGUCGGUGGCGGACCUGAAGAAGAAGAGUUGAUAGUACAAGGUGUUCGAUUUGCCUUCCGAGUACACCAGUUUGCCGGAGGAUUUGACGUGGAGACAAUGAGAGCGUUCCAAGAGCUAAGAGAUAAAGCGCGAUCAUGCCAUAUACAAUGCCAAAACCAGCAGCAACAGAAAUUAGUAUGCAGGUCUACCACACCUUGUUAAUCUGUAGCAAACUCAGCUUCAGAACUGAUGCCCUUUUUUUUGUUGUAAAGAUAGAAUACUAUGUUUGUUAAUACAAUUCCCGCGGCCUAUGAGGAUUUAUUCAUUAAUCCAUUCUUUUCUCUUA